UGUACGCCAGCUAUGAUACGCAAUUCCGGGAGAGCGUAGAGAAGGCUGUUCCCUACUCCGAUAAACUCUUUGAGAUGGCACUUGGUCCUGCACCUUACAGCACACCGACGCCAAAGAAACCGAUACAGCAAGGUCCACUGAAGAUCUCAUCUGUAGCAGAAGUAAUGAAAGAGUCUAAACAGCCUGCUACUAAAUCCCAGAUGAGCAAAACAGAAGCUGUGGUUCCUUCAGAGGAAAAAGAAGCAGGCAAGGCUGCAGCACAGAUCAUCUCUGCAACAGGUGUAGCCAUGUCGGUGCCAGCUCCGGGGAUACAGACUGAAGAAGGUAAAGAACACGAAGAUGCCCAUGCUAUAAAAGAACGGUCACCAGAAGAAGUUGCAGCCCGGCUUGCCCAGCAAGACAAAGAGGAGCAAGAGAAGAUAGCGGCCCUUGCAGCAAGUCUAGAAGCAGCCCUAAGCACGACAGCUCGUAUAACCCUUCAGGCGAUUACUGCCCAGGAGUCUGCUGUGCAAGCAGUGAACGCCCAUUUGCAAAUAUUGAAGGAGGCCAUGGACAAUUCUGAGGCUGCUGGGGAGAAAAAACAAUCUCAGUGGCGCACUCUGGAGGAAGCGCUGAAGGAUCGGAGGAGAGCAGUGGAUGAAGCCGCCGAUGCCCUUCUGAAAGCCAAAGAAGAGUUAGAGAAGAUGAAAGGCGUAAUUGAGAACGCCAAGAAGUCUCAGAUCGCAGGAGCCAAAUCUCACAUUAUCGCCGCAGAAGAAAACCUUCAUCACAUGAUAGUUGACUUGGACAACGUCGUGAAAAAGGUUCAGGCAGCGCAGUCUGAGGCCAAGAUAGUAGCUCAAUAUCACGAGCUUGUGGCUACAGCUAGAGAAGAGUUUCAGCGAGAGCUUGACAGCAUCACCCCCGAUGUGCAGCCUGGCUGGAAGGGGCUGACUGGCCAGUUAUCGACAGAUGACCUAAAUUCUCUCAUUGCCCACGCCCAUCGUCGCAUCGACCAGUUAAACAAGGAGCUGGCGGAGCAGCGAGUGAGGGAACAGCAGCACAUCGAGUCGGCCCUGGAGAAGCAGAAACUUGAAGAUAAAAAAGCAUUUGAGGCAGCUGUGGCCAAAGCGCUGGAGCAUCACAAAAGUGAGAUUGAAAUCGAACAGGAGAAGAAGGUUGAAGAAGUCCGCGAGGUGAUGGAGAGCGAGAUGAGGACCCAGCUCCGGCGGCAGGCUGCCGCCCACACAGACCAUCUCAGAGACGUUCUUAAGAUCCAGGAGCAGGAACUGAAGGUGGAAUUUGAGCAGAACUUAUCGGAGAAACUCAGUGAACAAGAAAUGCAAUUCAGGCGCCUCACUCAGGAACAGCUCGACAACUUCACGUUGGAUAUCAACACUGCCUACGCCAGGCUGAAAGGAAUCGAGCAAGCAGUUGAGAGUCACGCAGUAGCAGAAGAGGAAGCCAGAAAAGCCCAUCAGCUGUGGCUUUCUGUUGAAGCACUCAAAUAUUGCAUGAAAACAGCCUCGGGGGACAGUCCCACAGAACCCCUGGAGAGCGCGGUGCAGGCCAUCAAAGCCAGCUGCUCUGACAACGCCUUUACAGAAGCCUUAACAGCAGCUCUGCCUCAGGAGUCCCUGACGCGGGGCAUAUACAGCGAGGAGGCCCUCAGAGCGCGCUUCUACACGGUCCAAAAACUGGCAAAAAGAGUGGCUAUGAUCGACGAAACGCGAAACAGCUUGUAUCAAUACUUCCUCUCUUACCUGCAGUCGCUGCUUGUGUUUCACCCUCAACAGCUGAAGCCGCCUGCUGAGCUCAGCCCCGACGACCUCGACACGUUUAAAUUACUGUCUUACGCUUCGUACUGCAUUGAACACGGCGACCUGGAGCUGGCAGCUAAAUUUGUCAACCAGUUAAGAGGCGAGUCCAGGAGAGUGGCACACGACUGGCUGACCGAAGCUCGAAUGACCCUAGAAACAAAACAAAUCGUGGAUAUCUUGACAGCGUACGCCAGUGCCGUGGGGUUAGGAACAACGCAAGUGCAGUGAGCUAGGGUUGUCGUUCCGGAGGCAGCUCAGCAGUCGUUUGUGCCGGAAAGCAAGCCGGCCAUCUCCUAAGGGUUGCAAACGAAGCCGCUGGCAGGGGCUGGAAGCGUUAAAUCAAAGCACGGGUACCGUCUUGUUUCCUUGCACUGUAUUUAACUUUACCACCUGUUUUAUUUGUAUCGGGUUUGAGUUAUCAUGACAACCAACUUCAGGAAGCUUCUCUACAAUUUGUGUAAGAAUUUUGUUUCCCCAUCUUACCAAGCAGGCUUGUGAUCCAACCAAAAUAAUGUUUGUAACCUACCCUCCAUGAUUUGCCACUCUGUCAGCUGAAUAAAACAAGACUUCAACCAUUU